CAUGCAGAGAGCUACACGGCUGAAGAGGGAGCUGAACCUACUAGCCACAGAACCGCCCCCAGGCAUCACAUGCUGGCAAGAAAAUGACCAGAUGGAUGAUCUUCAAGCUCAAAUACUAGGUGGAGCCAAUACGCCGUAUGCAAAAGGUGUUUUCAAGCUGGAAGUGAUCAUUCCUGAGAGAUACCCAUUUGAACCUCCUAAGAUCCGAUUUCUGACACCAAUCUAUCAUCCAAACAUUGAUUCUGCUGGAAGAAUUUGUCUAGAUAUCCUCAAAUUGCCACCAAACGGUGCCUGGAGACCAUCCCUCAACAUUGCGACAGUGUUGACCUCGAUACAGCUGCUUAUGUCAGAACCCAACCCUGAUGACCCACUCAUGGCUGACAUAUCCUCAGAAUACAAAUAUAAUAAACCAGUCUUCCUCAAGAAUGCCAGGCAGUGGACCGAGAAGCAUGCGACACAGAAGCAGAAGGCUGAUGAGGAAGACAUACUGGAUUGUCUACCAGAGGCCAGUGACCCAGAAGCUCAGAACACAGCACAAAAAAGGAAAGCCCAGCAACUGGGAGGGAUAGAAAAGAAAUUUCAUUGUGAUGUGUAGGGGAUUUCUCUUGGUCUGUCUUAGUUAAUACAUCUUCAUUCUUUGCCAUGGUG